CUCCCUGCUGCCCGGGAUGCCGGGCAUCUCCGCCCGAGGCCUCUCCCAUGAGGGGAGGAGGCAGCUAGCUGUUAACCUCACCCGUGUCCUGGCGCUCUACCGUCCCAUCCUGGAUGCCUACAUCAUCGUGAGGCCACAAGGGCGUGGGCGGGGUGUCUCUGAUUGUGUGAUUGCCUGGGUGCCCACGUCAGGGAGAGAAUCUGGAGAGUUUGAUCUCUUUCCUUCUAUGAGUUUCAGUCUUUUGUCUGUACAAAAAGGGGUUAAAACUGGGGUGUUCCCUCGUUUUUAUCAGCUGGCAUAAAUAAUAUUUGUGAUAUCUGCCUAGAUUGUUUUUGUAAUCUUCCUAGAUCCAAGGUAAUAAAACGCGUGGACUUUGGAGCCACGCUGCAGCUAUGUUGAACUCUUCUUGGAACGUGUGUGGGGAUCCAAGAAUACACGUUAUUCAUCCAAGCUUUGAAUACAUUCGUGGUUUUGUGGUAUAGUAAACAGUCCUGGCUCUGGAAUCAAAAAAGCUUGGUCUAGAAUCCAGCCUCCCCUUCGAUGUUAACCUUAGGCCUCCCCAAACGCCAACUUGUCCUAGCCCGGGUUUCCUCAGCUAUCAAACGGAUUCCAGUCUGAAGGAUCAUUGUGAAAAAUAAAUGAGAGAAUGUAUAAAUGGCACGACCAUCCGCUGAAUUGUUUAGACCACAAACCCAGAGGCCAUCCUUCAUUCAGCACUGUCCUUCAUUGAUCCACGACUCAGUCCUUCAACAAGUCUUCUUGGCUCUGCCUUCAGAAUAGUUCCCAAAUUCAUCCAUCUGUCCCCACCUCCAUUGCUGCCACCCUUGGCCAAGCCACCAUCACCUCUUUUCUGAACUACUUACUAACUGCCAGUUCUUCACUGAGCAGCUAGAUUGAUAGCAUUCAAAUUUAAAUCUCAUCAUGACAGUCCCUUGCUUCCUAGGAAUUUUUCACAGACAACCUAUGGGACACACUCCCCUGCUCAUGGCAGGAAGCAUUGGAUGGACUGAACCCACCACAGCUGGCCACACUGCUGCUGGGGAUGCCUGGAGAAGGGGAGGUCAUCAGACCCCCUCAGAGUUCCUGGAGAACCCCAGCCAGAGCUCUCGACUAACGGCUCCAUUCCGGAAACAUGUCAGGCCCAAGAAGCAGCAUGAGAUCCGGAGGCUGGGAGAGUUGGUGAAGAAGCUGAGUGACUUCACAGGCUGCACCCAGGUUGUAGAUGUGGGCUCAGGCCAGGGUCAUCUCUCCCGCUUCAUGGCUCUUGGCCUGGGGUUGAUGGUGAAGAGCAUCGAAGGGGAUCAGAGACUGGUGGAGAGAGCCCAGCGCCUGGACCAGGAGCUUCUGCAGGCUCUGGAAAAAGAGGAGAGGAGGAACCCGCAGGUGGUCCAAACCAGCCCUCGUCACUCCCCACAUCAUGUGGUUAGGUGGGUAGAUCCCACAGCCCUGUGUGAGGAGCUUCUGCUUCCACUGGAGAACCCAUGUCAGGGCAGGGCCCGCUUGCUGCUCACAGGCCUCCAUGCCUGUGGGGAUCUGAGUGUUGCCUUGCUGAGGCACUUUUCCUGCUGUCCUGAGGUGGUGGCCCUGGCCUCAGUGGGCUGCUGCUACAUGAAGCUGAGUGACCCUGGUGGCUACCCACUGAGUCAGUGGGUGGCUGGGCUGCCUGGCUAUGAACUGCCCUACAGGCUUCGGGAGGGGGCCUGCCAUGCCCUGGAGGAAUAUGCUGAGCGGCUCCAGAAAGCUGUCCCUGGCCUGCGAACUCACUGCUACCGUGCAGCACUGGAGACAGUCAUCCGACGGGCCCGGCCUGAGCUCCGUCGGCCAGGCGUGCAGGGGAUCCCCAGGGUCCACGAGCUCAAGAUUGAAGAAUAUGUGCAGCGGGGGCUACAGCGAGUGGGGCUGGACCCCCAGCUGCCACUGAAUCUGGCUGCCCUUCAGGCCCACCAGGCCCAGGAGAACCGUGUGGUGGCCUUCUUCAGCCUGGCCUUACUGCUAGCCCCACUGGUGGAGACGCUUAUUCUACUGGACCGGUUGCUGUACCUACAGGAGCAGGCCCUUCCUUUCUCCCAGGCUUCCAUGCUGAGCUCCUGCCCAUCUUCAGUCCUGAACUCUCUCCCAGAAACCUGGUUCUGGUGGCCACCAAGAUGCCCCUGGGUCAGGCUUUCUCUGUUCUGGAGACUGAAGACAGCUGAUGCAGCCUGAGGAUACAUCUCAGACCCCAUCAUCUGCACAGUGUGGCAGAGUACACCUCACCCAGAGAACCAGCAUCCUGCAUUGUCCUGAAGCCUGGUUCCCCACAAACCUUCAGUUCCAUCCCUUUUCUUUCCCUCCAUGAAUUAUGUAAUACAGUGUAAAGUUUUAAUUUAUUAAAAAUUGGAAAUCUUUGUUUCCUUCCC